UUCCAAUAUAAACCGCGAAUCCAAUCAAUUAAAUUGUCUCAUUUUAAUUUCUUUUUGUUUCUUUAACUUGUACACUUGUUGUUCUAUUUUAACUUGUUUCACCUUUCACCUUUUUAACUCAUUACUCAGUCUUACCUGUUACUCUGUUACCUGUGCCCUAAAAAUGAUGUCGGAAAGACCGAUGAGUUUAAAUAAAGUAAUUCCAAUCCUGUUCAUUGAUAAACACAAGGAUUUUAUCAUUAAUUGUGCUCCUACUGAAGGAAGCUUGGAGCAGAUUAUGAGUGAACAUUUAAAAAUGUCUGGUAUCUAUUGGUGUUUAACUGCUUGCCAUUUACUUCAGGGUGAUGAUUAUUUGAUUACUCAUCGUGAGGAGAUUCUAGAUGUUGUUAGAAAUUGUCAACAUCCUUGCGGUGGAAUUGGACCUUCAAUCAAUCAUGAUCCUCACCUUCUUCAUACACUAAGUGCUAUCCAAAUAUUAACUAUAUUAGAUGCUUUGGAUGAUAAUAUUGUUAAUAUUCCAAAUGUUAUUUCUUAUGUUAAAUCGUUACAACAAGAGGAUGGCAGUUUUUUCGGCGAUAAAUGGGGAGAAGUUGAUAUAAGAUUCUCUUUUGGAGCAAUUGCAACUUUAGUUCUUUUGAAAAAAUUGCACGAGAUCGAUGUGAACAAAGCUUGUGAAUUUAUCAUGAGAUGUAAUAAUUUAAUUGAUGGUGGAUUUGGUUCAAGACCAGGAUCAGAAUCACAUGCAGGUUUAGUCUAUUGUGCUGUUGGUGCUCUUGGAUUAGCUGGUGAAUUGAAUAGAGUUGAUGGUGAUCUUCUUGGUUGGUGGCUUUGUGAACGGCAACUUCCAUCCGGUGGUCUUAAUGGAAGACCAGAAAAAUUACCCGAUUUAUGUUACUCAUGGUGGGUUCUUGCAUCGCUUCAAAUGCUUAAUCGUUUACACUGGAUUGAUCGUAAUAAACUAGUUGAAUUUAUCCUUGGCUGUCAAGAUCCCGAGACCGGAGGAUUUUCUGAUCGUCCUGGUAACAUGGUCGAUCCAUUUCAUACACUUUUUGGUAUUGCUGGUUUAUCAUUAUUAACUCAUUUCUAUCAAUUAACACCCGAUCAACAAGCAGAAUAUGAUAAAGACCACGGUAAUAAACCUCCACCAAUUGAUUACAAUUACGUUAGAGAAACAAUUGGCCCGAUUAAUCCUGUUCUCUGUAUGCCUCAGAAAAUAGUUACAGCCAGAAAAUUUAGUGAGAAAAUACUGCAAAGUUAAUCAUCAUAUCAGAAUUUACUAUUUUUCUCUUGUGUGUUGUCCUUCACACCUUCAAUUCAGCUCUUUUUUUUUCUUAAUUAUUACCGUUACAAUUUUCCACUUUAAAAUUUAUCUUUCAUUUUCUCAUCUAAAUGUAGACAUUUAUUCAUUUUCUUAAUAAAAAAAAGGGUACGAAUAUUGGUUACAAUUGAA